CGCCACCGCCGGCCACGCCCCCGGCGGCGUCAGGCGCGCGCGGCCCGUUCGGCGCGGGCCCGGCGGUGACAGCGACACCGCCACCACCGCCACCCCCUCACCUUCAUCAUCCUCACCCUCCUCAUCCUCCUGCCCACCGCCAUGGCGGGCGGCCCGCAGGAGAACACCCUGCUGCACCUCUUCGCCGGGGGGUGUGGAGGAACGGUGGGAGCCAUCUUCACGUGUCCCUUAGAGGUGAUAAAGACGCGGCUUCAAUCUUCCAAACUGGCCUUCAGGACUGUGUACUACCCCCAGGUGCAGCUGGGGACCAUCAGUGGCGAAGGAAUGGUCAGGCCAACGUCGGUGUCCCCCGGGCUCUUCAGCGUCCUCAAGUCAAUUCUGGAAAAAGAAGGACCAAGGUCACUCUUCCGAGGGCUGGGUCCAAACUUGGUUGGAGUUGCACCAUCAAGAGCUGUCUAUUUUGGAUGCUACUCCAAAGCCAAAGAGCAGUUUAACAGUGUGUUUGUGCCCAACAGCAACGUUGUGCACGUCUGUUCUGCAGGUUCUGCAGCCUUUAUCACAAAUUCCCUGAUGAACCCUAUAUGGAUGGUGAAAACGAGAAUGCAGCUGGAAAGGAAAGUGAGGGGCUCCAAACCAAUGAAUGCUUUGCAGUGUGCUAAAUACGUUUACCAGACAGAAGGUAUCCGUGGUUUUUAUAGGGGCCUGACUGCCUCCUAUGCAGGGAUUUCUGAGACCAUUAUCUGCUUUGCUAUUUAUGAAAGUUUAAAAAAGCACUUAAAGGAAAUCCAACUGCCCCCCUCUUCUAACGGGACCGAAAGGACCUCGACAAGCUUCUUUGGACUGAUGGUUGCUGCUGCUGUUUCCAAGGGCUGUGCCUCCUGUAUUGCUUAUCCUCAUGAGGUGAUCCGGACUCGGCUGCGGGAGGAGGGCACCAAGUACAAGGCGUUUGUGCAGACGGCUCGGCUGGUGGCGCGCGAGGAGGGCUACCCCGCCUUCUACAGGGGGCUCCUCGCGCAGCUCAUCCGGCAGAUCCCCAACACCGCCAUCGUCCUGUCCACCUACGAGCUCAUCGUGUACCUCCUGCAGGAGCAGUAGCGCAGCCACGGCGCCUCUCACAGGCUGAAGACCAAUUUCUG